UACCGAUAUCGCGAAGUUUCGAGUCCCAGGUCGGUUACCUGCAUGAGGCUAGCGAGCGCUGGUUCUCCCAGUGUUGAAACCAAGACACAAAACGGGAAGCGGUGGGGCGGAGAGCUGUUUGCUUUCCGGCUUUCGUUUCCUGCUCCGGGGACAAGUCAACCUGACCUCGGUCAACUCGGCAUCUUACCCGACCAGCAACCUGGCCUCCGAAAUGACAAAAAGCAACACGGCGGCGGUGCAGCCAGCCGAGCCAGCGGCGAAGAACCAACUCUUUCUGGGCACCUUCGUGCACAGCAAGGCGCUCACCGAGCUCGAGUACCUGCACAAUGCGGCAGUGUGCGUCGACAGGUCCGGCGUGAUCGUUGCCGUGGAGAGGGAUUGCGACGAGGUAAAAGCGCGGGCGACGCUGCUGCCGCGACUGGGGUGGGAUGAGGCCGAGGUGAAACUGGUGAUCGCGAAGGAGGGCCAGUUCUUUUUUCCCGGGUUCAUCGACACGCACCUGCACGCCUCGCAGUAUCCCAACGUCGGCAUCUUCGGCAGCUCGACCCUGCUCGACUGGCUCAACACGUACACCUUCCCGCUUGAGGCCUCGCUCGCCGACCCGGCCAAAGCUCGCCGCGUCUACAGCCGCGUGAUCCGCAAGACCCUCGCCCACGGCACCACCUGCGCAGCCUACUACGCCACCACCGACGUGGCCUCGACAAACCUGCUCGCCGACCUGUGCCUCGCCGCCGGCCAGCGCGCCCUCGUCGGCCGCGUGUGCAUGGACCAGCUCUCGCCGUCGUACUACCGCGACAGCUCGCCCGAAUCCGCCGUGGCCGCCACGCUCGCCAGCAUCGAGCACAUCCGCCGCGCCGACCCCACCUUUACCCUUGUGCGGCCGGUCAUCACGCCGCGCUUCGCGCCGGCCUGCUCCUUCGCGCUGAUGCGCCAGCUCGGCGAGCUGGCCGCGGCCACGCAGCUGCCCGUGCAGACGCACAUCUCGGAGAACCGGCGCGAGGUGGCGCUAGUGGCGGAACUGUUCCCGCCGAGCGCCACGGGCGCGCGCGACGCGUCCUACGCGGCGCUCUACGACGCCGCCGGCCUGCUGACGCCGCGCACCAUCCUCGCCCACGCCGUGCACCUGACCGAGCCCGAGGCCGCGCUGCUCGCCCGCCGCGGCUGCGCCGUCAGCCACUGCCCCUGCAGCAACUCUGCGCUGACCAGCGGCGCCGCCAGGGUGCGCUGGCUGCUCGACCGAGGCAUCGUGUGCGGGCUGGGCACCGACAUGAGCGGCGGGUUCAGCCCGAGCGUGCUGGAGGCCGCGAGGCACGCCGUCUUGGUCAGCCGGCACGUGGCGAUGGGGGUAGCGGGGGGCGGGAGCAGAGGUGGAGAUGAAAAAGCCGCUGAAAAGAAAGAGAGCGAGAGUGAGAGCGAGGAGGAGAAGGAGAGGGCAAAGCUCAGCGUGGAGGAGGUGCUCUUUCUCGCGACGCGCGGUGGCGCGAAGGUGGUCGGGUUAGAAGGGAAGGUAGGCGGGUUUGACGUCGGGAUGGAGUGGGAUGCGCAGCUCAUCGGGCUGACGAUGGUUGAUGACGCGGGCGGCGGCGGCGUUGAGGACGAGGAUGGCGACGCGGGGAACGUGGAUGUGUUUGGGUGGGAGAGCUGGCCGGACCGGAUUGCCAAGUGGCUGUAUAACGGGGACGACAGGAACACCAAGCGCGUGUGGGUCAAGGGGCGGCUGGUGCAUGAGCGGAAGUAGAGAGCUGGUUUCUCGCCUGAUUCUGAAGAACCGGUCGGGGCUUGUUAAAGACGGUUUGUUUAGACAGUGAUAGAGCCGGGCGUCUGGGAGGGGUGGUUCAACAACUUCUUCGUUCGUAUUUGAUAUUUUCUCCAAGAUCCAAAAGCAAACGGCACUCAACUGCUGAGUGUUUGAAUUUGCC